GCUCGUCGUUCACCGCGAUGAGCAAUAGCACAUUACCCGAUCACGUCGACCGACUGUCCUUGCUGGCGAAAACUAUUCGUGCCAAUGCUGCUGUGACCGCACCUCAGACGUCAGGUCCCUUCACGGAGGCAGUCCUCCGCACCCCGCUCGGCGACCUCAUCCGCGACAUAGAUCCAACCGAGAUGGGUCUGUUCACGCUCGUUGUGCCGUCCAAACCCGUGGUAGCGGACACGAAUGGGCCUCCCCCAAUGGACGGAGAACUAGCGCGUGUCGAGUUCCAUGGCGCGACUCCACUGAAGAAACCGCCGGCACCGCGACCAGGAAGGGCCGACGGACAGAGAACUGGUGAACACGAACCAGAGGUGUACGCGCGAGCAGCUGUCAAAUACCUUGAUCGCUACCGGUCUAUCCGUCCUAUGCCUCGAGCAUCCGAGCAGGCCGAGAGGAUCAUGACACAGCUAUCUGAGGUACGGGAUAACAUGCGGAAACUGAGUGAACAACUGAAGGAACACGCGGCCUCAGACCCUCCCGAAGCUCCAGCAUCUCCUAAGUCUAUCAUUCAAGGCGAAGAGAACCGUAUACACGCCGCUCGUGCUCAGAUAGCAGAUUUCAAGAAACGCAAAGAAGCCCUUCUUGCACAGAAGAAGGCUGCGCCUAAACCGCCGCGUGUCAGACCUCGAUUUAAACCACAGACACCGCCACGUGCAUCUGACGAGAAAGAGGAGACUUUCUGGAAUACUCCCGGGGCAGCAGCGCGGACAUUGCACUUCACUGGCGACUCGCUAUUGGAUGAGGAAGCUCUUGUGGCUGAUAUGACCAACAUGUCGUUCUCUAGCCCCGUCCCUGCGCAAAGGAAUGGGGCAAUGAGCAGUCUCUCCGAGCAUCCUCUCGAUGAAGAUGAGGAGCCAGAACUUGGAACAGACGCAGACAACGAGGAUUCUCUUCCAGCAGAAGAGUCGCCCGAGGAGGAUAGCGACCCAACAGUAAGGUUGCAGCCACAUUCACUGCCAACUGCCCUGUCGCCAGCGGGCGAUGAUUUGGUACAACACGAGCAAUCGCCCUCCGUUACCCCCGCUCCUGUGACCGAGACGCCUGAUCCCCACAAAAGAACCAAAGUCAGGGUCACCACCGAGCUCGAGCAAAUCGUGGCGAAGAUUUGGGCGACUAUAGGUGACCAGAUCAAAGCCGGUCAUGCAAAUGGCGGAAAGUCGCUCAGAGCGAAGGAGACACUCGCAAUACUGGAACAACUUGCGAACAGCACGCCGGCGCCGUCGUCGCCGUCCAUAAGUCUAUCCUCCUUUUCCGCCACCGCGCCUUCUGCCACUGCAUCUUCCCAGCCGUCCGCGCAACAGAUCCUGACCGCCCACAUGCUUCUGACGCUCCUAUCCUCACCGCCCACGUAUUCUUUGUCAUUCGGACGCAUCAAGGAGGCGCUCUCGGAGAAGUUGACUAGUAUUGGCGUCAGGGCGAGCGCUGUUGGCGGUGCAGGGACCACCAGGCCGGUCUACGGGUGCGUCGCGAAACGAUUAUUGAAGAUCGAGCGCGGAGGUAGGGAGCAGGUGGUGAAGUUUGACGUGUAACAGUGCGGAGAGUUUCUGUAUAUCCAGGCUGUACUUUGCGUGUUUUGCAUCGCCCGACCAGGCGUUUCGCGUCGUCUAGCACCGACACGUGACCGCGAUUCCGGUGAGCCCUCACGUUCGUUCUAUGGAUCUAAG